CCGGCGCCGGGUCCGGCGGGGCGGGGCGGAGGCCAAGAUGGCGUCCAAGCUGGGCUCGCGGCGCUGGAUGCUGCAGCUCCUCAUGCAGGCGGGGGCGGCGUUGCUCACGCGCUGCCCCUUCUGGGACUGCUUCAGCCAGCUCAUGCUGUACGCCGAGCGGGCCGAGGCGCGCAGGAAGCCCGACAUCCCGGUGCCCUACCUGUACUUCGACAUCGGGGCGGCCGUGCUGUGCGCCAGCUUCAUGUCUUUCGGGGUGAAGCGCCGCUGGUUUGCGCUGGGGGCCGCCCUGCAGCUGGCCAUCAGCACCUACGCCGCCUACGUCGGGGGCUACGUCCACUACGGGGAUUGGCUCAAGGUCCGUAUGUACUCGCGCACCGUAGCCAUCAUUGGUGGCUUCCUGGUGUUGGCCAGCGGUGCUGGGGAGCUGUACCGCCGGAAACCCCGCAGCCGCUCCCUGCAGUCCACCGGCCAGGUGUUCCUUGGCAUCUACCUCAUCUGCGUGGCCUACUCACUGCAGCACAGCAAGGAGGACCGACUGGCCUACCUGAACCACCUCCCUGGAGGGGAGCUGACGAUCCAGCUCUUCUUCGUGCUCUACGGCGUCCUGGCCCUGGCUUUCCUCUCGGGCUACUACGUGACCCUGGCUGCCCAGAUCCUGGCCAUCCUGCUGCCCCCGGUCAUGCUGCUUAUUGAUGGCAAUGUUGCGUACUGGCACAACACCCGGCGUGUGGAAUUCUGGAACCAGAUGAAACUCCUGGGAGAGAACGUGGGCAUCUUCGGGGCUGCUAUCAUCCUGGCCACAGAUGGCUGAGUUGCAGGGCAAGAAGCUAAGAUGGGUGCAGGGAGUCUCUGAGGUUCUGUGCCUGCCUCCUCGCUGGUCUAGUUGCUGGUUAUUUAUGCUUUGGCUGUUGAUUGAUCCCUGUAUGUGUUUGUGUGAGAGAGAGGGAGAGGGAGACUGUAUGUUUGAUACUGUCUGUGUGCUACUGUAUGUUUGCUAGAGUUGCUAUGAGGCAGAGCUCUCCCUAUGACUGUGGCUGGGUAGGAGUCCUGGUGAUGAAACCUUACAGGUUCUCUUCUGUUUACUAGGAGGAGAGCUGUGGCCGGUGUUUCCCCUAGGUUUCCGGUUCCUGAGACGGGAGUAAGGGAGCAUAAGGGUGGGUUGCUGAGAGGGAAACAGCAUAGAGGACUGAGAAGCAGAAGAGAGCCCAUGUGAAACCUCCCCUUUGACCCUAAAAGCUGCAUCCAGGCUCCGCAGUGCUUCUGGAGGACAGAACAGUGAGUGUGUGUGUUGACUCGUGGCUUACUUAGGCUUGGGAGGAGUGAUUGGACCAUUGGGGGAGGGUCUGUACACAUCAUGUAGGUUCUCAGGGUAUGCCAGGAGCAGCCACAGCACUUGCUGCCUCCUACCCUGUGAGCAGGGCAGGCCCCAGUGUGAUCUGGGAUACGCAGGGGUGGGGCAGCCAGUGGCCAGCUUCCUGGCUUUGUAGGCACCAUUUUCAGUUCUUCGGUUAUCCUGGUGGGGUGAGUGCCCCCAAACACCAGACCACACAGUUUUCUGAAAAUAAACAUUUUAUAUAGAUA